AGCUAGUAGCAGCUUCCUUUUACAAUUUGCGGAGGCAGUGGAUGAACAAGUGAAAGAAAGAACUAAAAAGUAUGCACCAUGAGAAGAUGAAAAUAGCCAGAAAGAAAAACUGAGUCUACUUUGUUUUGCUGGGAUCAUUUUUUUGAGAUCACAUGCAGAGCUCUUGAGAUCGAGCUCUUGGGUGAAAAACAGGAUGCCAAGUUAUCAACCUUGGUACCAUGGCAAUAUAACUCGAUCCAAAGCUGAGGAUCUGCUUUCCAAAGCAGCAAGAGAUGGAAGCUUCCUCAUCCGGGACAGUGAAUCCAUACAGGGAGCCUAUGCCCUCUGUGUUUUAUAUCAGAACUGUGUGUACACAUACAGAAUCCUGCCAAAUGAAGACAAGAAGCUCUCUGUCCAGGCAUCUGAAGGAGUGCCUAUUAGGUUCUUCACAAUGCUUCCUGAGCUGGUGGAGGCGUAUUAUAGCCCCAACAUGGGUUUAGUCACCCACCUGCAGUACUCUGUCCAGAGGGAGGAGGAAGUAGAAGAGGAGCCAGAACAAAACAGUCAUCCUCCACAGCUCCCACCCAGAAACAUCCCACUUGAUGUAAAGGACAGUGACUCCAAGACUUCUGAGCAAGCCUCCAAAUCCUUAUCAGACAUAUACCUGGCGAAACUGCAGCAUAUGGACUUGUCCAUCUUACCAGAAGAGCAUCAAAUGGCCAUCCAAGAAUACUUCAGGACUUCAGUCUGCUUAGAUGCUGAACAAGUACAAAACGGUAACCCUAACCUGCCUGGCCUCAAGAAGCUCAUAAUGGCAGUCUGCAAGAACCUAAACAGUGAAAUUUCCCGCAUCAUGCCAACUCUAGAGGUGUUUCACAGAACGCUGGACCAACAGCUCUCUCCAGGGAUUGGACCAAAACAAAAUUUCUGUGAUUCGGGUCCUGUGUCCUAUAGACUAGAGCAACUAACAAAGCUGCUCUACUCAAUAGAAGAUAAGGUUAAAGGUUCUGUUUUUGAGUAUGUUGGAUAUGAUGUGGGCCCACGGAAAUCUCUCAUACCGGUCGUUACGUUUGAGGUCAAACAAGAAUCUCUCGGUAUUUCCACAAAGAUGUUCCUGAAAGUGGACAUUGAAAGUGGGAAGCUCUACUUUAAGAAGUCAAAAGAUGGGCCCGAAGACAAAUACUUUGUGCACAAUAAAAUCCUGCAGUUGGUGAAAUCCCAGAAAAUGCACGCCAAGCUGGUCAUUGUGGUGGAGACGGAGAAAGAGAAAGUUUUGCGGAAAGAGUUUGUGUUUGAUGACACAAAGAAAAGAGAGGGCUUCUGUCAGCUGCUUCAGCAAAUGAAAAACAAACACUCAGAAAAGCCUGAACCAGACAUGAUCACAGUGUUUGUUGGCACCUGGAACAUGGGAAAUGCCGGCCCUCCCCCGAACAUCAGCUCCUGGUUUCAGUGUAAGGGCCAAGGGAAGACACAAGAUGACACAGCAGAUCAUAUUCCACAUGAUUUUUAUGUCAUUGGGACUCAGGAGGAUCCUUUGGGUGAGCGAGAUUGGGCAGAUACAGUGAAAGGUGUCCUGAGGAACAUCACAAACAUUAGCUUUAAACAAGUGGCAAUUCACACACUGUGGAAUAUUCGGAUCGUGGUCCUGGCCAAGCCUGAGCAUGAAAACAGGAUCUCUCAUGUUUUUUCAGACAGCGUGAAGACAGGGAUCGCCAACACUUUGGGAAACAAGGGAGCAGUGGGAGUGUCCUUCAUGUUCAAUGGGACAUCUUUUGGCUUUGUCAACAGUCAUCUGACCUCUGGAAGUGAGAAGAAGCUCAGACGGAAUCAAAACUACGCCAGUAUCCUGAGAUUUCUGAAUCUAGGAGACAAGAAGCUUAAUCCGUUUGACAUCACACAUCGCUUCACGCACCUCUUCUGGCUUGGAGAUCUGAACUACCGCGUUGAAAUGCCAUCUUCUGAAGCUGAAAGCAUUGUGUCAAAGAUCAAACAGCAGCAGUACCAGGAUCUGCUCGCCAAAGACCAGCUCAGCAUGGAGAGGAAAGAGGGCAAGGUCUUCUUGCAUUUUGAUGAAGAAGAAAUCACAUUCGCGCCCACGUAUCGAUUUGAAAGAGACACACGAGAGAGGUACGCCUACACAAAGGCCAAAGCGACAGGGACAAAAUACAAUUUGCCAUCCUGGUGUGAUCGCGUCCUACGAAAGUCAUAUCCUCUGGUUCAUGUAGUCUGCCAAGCGUACGGGUGCACUAAUAACAUCAUGACAAGUGACCACUCCCCGGUGUUCGCCUCAUUUGAAGUUGGAGUUGCCUCGCAGUACGUUUCCAAACAAGAUCCCAGCAGUGCGCCUCCCGGUGGGAUUCAGAUCAUGAACUGUGUGGCCAUCUUGUCGACAAAAUCGAAGACCAAGUUCUUCAUCGAAUUCCAUUCCAGUUGCUUGGAGAAAACUGUAAAGACUACAGACGGAGAGAACAGCGAGCACUCCGAUGGGUCUAUAAAAGUUCGGUUUGGCACCCAAGUUGAGCUGACCCCUAUCAUCUCUGACCCUGAAUACCUUCUGGACCAGCACAUCCUGAUGUGCGUGAAGUCGACGGACUCCGACGAGUCGUACGGAGAGGGCUGUGUCGCGCUGCGAGCCGCUGAGAUCAGCUACACCGAGUUUCAGAUCACACUGACUCACCACGGGGAGAAGACGGGAACACUGACAGGUGGCAUCCAGCUACGGACGUCUGAGGGCAAGCCCACUGAGAAGCUAUACGAUUUCAUCAAAAUUGAAAGGGAUGACCCCAUCGCCUCAAAAGGCAAAUCUGGAGACCUCAAUAAGUUUUCUAGCAACCAACCACAUGAUAUUUCUAACCCCAAUUACAUGGGAGUGUCAUUCAGAGGCGGGAAUGUGAUAGAUAAAGGCUGGAGUUACAGCAUGCCACCUCGAAAUGUUACCUCUGGGGGACAAGCAGGAAAAGAGCCAAAGAAGGGUUACGAUGUGAGCACACGCAGCCCCACGGGAAAGCCUGCUUCUGUGGGUGAGAACGGAAAGACAUCAGAGAUGUUUGACAACCCGUUGUAUGGUUCAGUGACCAAAUCACAUGGUCGGUCUAAAGACCAAGACCAACAACAGAAGGACCAUCUCAUACCCCCAGAUGUGCUAUAUGGAUCCUCCAAAACAGCAGACGGAGAUACCGAUCGCCCUCCAGUGCCCACCCCACGCAACCGCUCCUUCACCUGCUCUGAGAAUAAACCUCAGCCUCCAACACCAGUCAGCCUGCAUCCCCCAUCACAAAAGAAACCAGUGGUGCCCUCACGCUCAGAAGGCGGGAUGGGCCAAAGCCGGCCUCCUUUGCCUGCUAAGUCCCGACCGGGUGUGCCGGAGCCCCAGACCCCCAAACCAAGAGACUACAGAGACACCUCAGAGCUCACCAGCAAACAGAGACCACCAGGAAGACCUGACGUUUCCAAGAUCGGUCGCCCUGUGAAGUGAGACUGAGAGGUACACCUUCCUGGCUGCAUUCCUGGAAAUAUUUUUUAAAACCCCUUGCUACUGGUGUCACUCAUUUUAGAGGACAAUCACAUAUCUGUGCUGUCAUUAUAGAGCAGUCAGUUGGCUUAGCUUUGCACCUGUCCAAAGGUCUAAAAAAUUCAUCUGCCUGUCAUCCUCAAAAACUCACUUUUUAAGUUAGACUGAGCCGGGCUAGCAGUUCCUCUUUUUUUCCAGUCUUUAUGCUAAGCUAAGCUAACUGGCUUGUAGUUAGCUUAGUUAUCUACUUAUCUAAGUGCUAGUGAGACAUUAAAUGGGUGUACCAGUGUCUAACUCAGCCUUCAAAUGUAUGUAAACUCAUUUUUUAGUUUCUCGGACUUCUGCAAAGCUCACAUUGGAACGUAAGUUUGAACCUGGAACCUGCUUCUAAAAUAACUGUUACAUUUCAUUUGGAGUUUUUACACUAUACAGUAGCUGAUGAAUGUUUACCGCACAGUAUUAUCUUGCACAGACAUGUUUGCCUUUAAUAUGUACAAAUGAUGCUCCAAUUAAUUCCAAUAUUAAAGCUUGAAUUACAUGU